AUGGAGACGAGCAGGAGCAGCGGCGGCAGCGGCAGCAGCAGCGAGGCUGUCAGGGAGCUCGGCUGCGAUCGCGCGUCCGCGGGGGUCUGCAGGAGGAAGGAGGAGGCCGGGGCUGGGACCCUCGCGGCAGACAUGGACUUGCAUUGUGAUUGUGCCGCUGAAACGCCGGCCGCCGAGCAGCCGUCGGGGAAGAUUAAUAAAGCUGCUUUCAAAUUAUUCAAGAAGAGGAAAUCGGGUGGCACCAUGCCCAGCAUUUUUGGGGUCAAAAACAAAGGGGAUGGGAAAAGCUCAGGUCCGACGGGGAUGGUGAGGAGCAGGACCCACGACGGAUUAGCCGAGGUGGUGGUGCUGGAGGGCAGCAAAAAGGAGGAGCCGCGCGCCGGGGGCGACAUCGGCGGGGGCCGUGGCGGCGGUCGGCCGAACCCCGGGCCCCCCAGAGCCGCGGGGACCGGCGUGGGCUCCCUAGCCAACAGCUCGGUGGCUAAGUCUCACAGCUUCUUCUCCCUUUUGAAAAAGAACGGGAGAUCGGAAAACGGCAAAGGAGACCCGGCAGAGGCGAGCAAGGCUGGCGGCAAACAAAAGAGGGGGCUGAAAGGGAUCUUCAGCAGCAUGCGCUGGCACAAGAAGGACAAACGCGGCAAGGAGGAGGAGAAGGAGGCGCACGCGGCCGGCCAGGGCAGCCUCAUCUUGCCGGGUUCCCUCACCGCCAGCUUGGAGUGCGUCAAGGAGGAAACGCCCAGAGCCGCGUGCGAGCCGGAGACCCCCAGCCAGGACGCCCCUCGAGACCCAGCAGGUGAGCUCGGAGGGGGAGAGGAGGUGCCGGCCUCCGCCGAUCGCGCCCCAGCGCGGACCUGCCGCGAGGCCGAGAGCCCCGGGGGCCCUAACGACAAAAGCGCCCGGGGAGAGGACGCCGCGGGGCAUCGGCGCGCCGAGAAGCCCCGGGCACCCCCUGAGUCGGGAGCUGGUGAGGUCCACAYUGCCGAGGAUGCCUCCAGGACAGGUGACGUUCCGAUAAAGACGGUCCCCCUGGUCGACUCUGAAUGUGGCAGCGGCCGGGCGUCUGCCGUCCCUGACCCUUCCUCUGUCGAUCCACCCUCAGACCCAUCGGCAGAUCGUAUUUGUUUGAUGUUUUCUGACGUGACUUCACUGAAAAGCUUUGACUCUCUUACAGGCUGUGGAGAUAUUAUUGCAGACCCAGAGGAAGAGGCAGGUCCCAGCUGUGACAAGCAUGCCCCCGGGCCAGGCAAGCCAGUUCUCUCUAAAAAGAACCCCAGCGUGGUGGCCUACCAAGGAGGAGGGGAAGAGAUGGCCAGCCCGGAUGAGGUGGACGACACCUAUCUCCAGGAAUUCUGGGACAUGCUCUCCCAGACUGAGGAUCAAGGACCAGGGCCCCAAGAGGGAGCGGCUAAGGCGGCAGCUGCACUGGAGACCAAAGUGGUGCCAGAGACCUCCAAAGAUGCCAGGAGUGGAGAAGCGUCCAAGGACGUGUCCUUGGUCAAACGCAGGAGGCUCAACAGGAUCCCCAUUGAGUCCCAUCCGAAGGAACAGCCCAAACACCCGGAGAAAGAGAAGGAGCAACCAGAAGGCGUCCCCAACAGUGACGAGGGCUAUUGGGACUCGACCACUCCCUGUCCAGAGGAAGAAAGCGCCAGCAGUGGUAAAAAGGCUGGCAUCCCCCGGGAUAGCUACAGUGGGGAUGCGCUCUAUGAUCUCUAUGCUGACCCGGAUGGAAGCCCAGCAGUCCCUCCUGCCAACGAGGAGACGUCUUGCUUGUCUCGGUUAAAGCCUGUGUCUCCAGGAACCAUCACCUGUCCACUGCGAACACCAGGCAGUUUACUGAAGGACUCCAAAAUCCCUAUUAGCAUCAAGCAUCUCACGAACCUUCCAUCCAGCCAUCCAGUUGUGCACCAGCAACCAACCAGGAGUGAGAUGCCCAGAACAAAAAUUCCCGUCUCCAAAGUGCUGGUUCGCAGGGUCAGCAACCGGGGCUUGGCUGGAACCACCAUCCGGGCAGCAGCUUGCCACGAUAGUGCCAAAAAGUUGUGA